AUGUCUCGGUGUCCGAGUAUCGAUGUCGCUUAUGAAAUGCUCGGCGCCGGCAGCAGGAGGAAACAUGCCAUGACGAGAAAGAAUAGGAGCAACGAUGUGGAGAGAAGCGGAUGGUUAUCAUACGGACACUGGAUGCCCCCGAGGAGAACGAGCCAACCUAGUUAUUUCUAUGCCUCUCCUGAUUAUACUUUCGGCACCACAGAUGAAUCUAGUCUGAACUAUCAUCAUGAUUUCCGGGACCACAGAAGGCAGCACGAUUUACCAUACAGACAUCGCAUGGCGAGCACGAUACCAUGGUUGCUAUCAAUGUCGCUACUGGCUGUCCCAAAAUUUGCGGCUUAUACAGGUCCUAGUAUUUUAUCCAGGGACCUUCAAGCACCCUCGUUGCCGUUAACUUCAUCCUUUUAUACUCCACAAUUUUUUUCACACAACACCAACUACAAAGAUUCCGCAUUGACUUAUGAUGAACACGCCGGCACAUCGCGAAAUUGCGAUAAUCAUCCGCCGAAGGAAAAAUCAAUGGAUUCCACGAACGUAGGCAAUCUUUACGGGUCAACGCCGCAAUCACGACACCACAUUGCUACAUCCAAUCUAGGAAGAAGCAAUCCUUCUAGGUCCAUUGGAAGAGCCAUCGAUAUGUUCCGCGCGGAUCCUCACUCGGUCAAUCAAUUAGAUUUCCACGAUUUCGGCGACGGUUUCGAACCGGGACGGAUUAUAGACGACUACGUUGGUCCCGCUAUGGAACUAGUAUACGCUUGGUCCACGAUUGAUUUUGAAUUCGACAGUAUCGACGCACGAGACAACGCUAUAUUCGAGGGCGACUACAUCGCAGAGAAUAACUUGCCCCUGGGCCUGGAAGUCUGGCGCGAUAAAGUAUUCAUUACUUUGCCAAAGUGGAGAGCUGGCAUACCGGUGACUCUGGCUACCGUGCCCAGACGUUCCAAGACAAGGAGCCCGAAAUUAAAACCGUACCCUAAUUGGCAAUGGCAUGAGCCAGGAAACUGCGAGAGCUUGACGUCAGUCUUUCGAGUUCAAGUGGACGAAUGCAAUCGUCUGUGGGUUCUCGAUUCUGGUAAAACAGAACUCGCCAAAAGAUCCAAACAGGUUUGCCCGCCAGCCAUAUUCAUCUUCGACCUACGCACCGAUACUCUCAUCAGAAAAUUUACCUUGCCGGAUGAACAGAUCAAGCAAGAUUCCCUGUACAUCAACAUUGUGGUGGAUAUCAGAAAUAACGAUUGCGGCUCUGCAGUAGCAUACUUGGCUGACGUCUGGCGAUACGGUAUCGUGGUGUAUGAUUUUUUCAAGGAUGCCACCUUCAGAGUCGAGCAUCACUUCUUCUAUCCUGAUCCCCUGGCGGCGAGAUACGAGUUGCAUGGUAUAAAAUUCCAAUGGACCGACGGAAUAUUCGGAAUGGCGCUCAGUCCCGUGGACGUCCACAACGACAGAACGCUGUUUUUUCAUCCGAUGUCCAGCUUCCGAGAAUUCUCCGUGUCCACGUCGGUCUUCAAGGACAAGCAAACCGCGAAUUACAACACGGAGAAGUUCAUGCCCGUAGGAAAACCUAGAGCCAAGGAUUACGGCCAUUCCUCGGGAUCCGUCAUCGAUGACAGCGGCGUUAUGUUCUUCAACAUGGUCACCAGAGACUCCGUGUGGUGCUGGGAUACUAGGAAGGAAUAUAUACCGCAGAAUUUAGGCGUAAUUGGUACUAGCAACGAGUCUCUGGUGUUUCCAAAUGACAUCAAAGUGGAUCACGAAUCGGAUCAAAGUGUAUGGCUUCUCUCAAACCGGUUGCCGAUGUAUUUAUACGGAACACUAAAUAGCGCAAGUAUUAAUUUUAGAGUAUUUAAGGCGAACGUUAAAGAAGCUAUCAGGGAUACGGUCUGCGAUCCUAAUUACGUAGUUCCUGACUCAGAUCCGGGCCUCGAUGAUACUUGUUAAAAAUUCUUUUUUCAAAUCUCAUAUUAAAUUAAUUCUCCACUGUCUCUUUAAAACUCCAAUCAGAUUUUGACGCGACUGUCUCUUUAAAGUCUAAGCAUUGAAAUCUCCAGCAUUAAAGCGUUAAACAUUCAGGGAUACUCGUUUCU